AUGGCGAACCAGGAUGUGGAGAGAGGCAGGGGAGAGGGAAAGAGCGGGGGGUACGCUGGAGGAGUGCCUGAUUACUUCGCGGUGGAUAGGGAGGAGUCGUUCUGGACGCCGUGGAUAGUCCCCAUGUUUGUGGUGGCGAACGUCGUCAUGUUCCUCGUAACCAUGUACGUCAACAACUGUCCUGAUCACCCAAGAAUCUACGGGGGAUGCGUCGCCGGUGGCUUCCUCCGCCGCUUCUCCUUCCAGCCCCUGCGAGAGAACCCACUCCUCGGUCCUUCCUCUGCUACGUAUGUUAUCUUCCCACCCUUCUGCUCCGUCAUGGCGUCUUUGCUUGUGUUUCCUGUCUUCUUACCUGCCUCCAUUGCCAUUAGAGUAGAGGCGCCAUUCGCCUUGUGCUGGAAGAUCUCUCUCUUCCAAGGAAUGCCCGACUGUGCAUCUUCGAGAUGCGGACCCGAUUUUGGUUGACGAUGAAUCCACAUUGAUCGGUCCAAGUGAGGGGGGUCAUGACUAGUGGAUCUUCUUCCCCAGAGAAAGGGAUGAAUGCUGGAUAAUAUGUUCUUGCCGUUGGAUGCCAAGAACAUGGAUUAAUAUCCCCUCCUUGGAUUAAUAUUAUUUGAGAGAUUAAUAUGCUCUUCCCAUUUCUUCCGACAACCACAGGUUAUAUUUCACCAGGGCAGGAUCACUUUCUAACAGAGGAAGAAUGAUCAAUAGUGGAUAAUGGAGAAGAUUUCUGAUGAUGAGAUCCAUUAGCCUCUGGGUUUAAAUGAUUUCCCUUGAGAUACUCAGCAGUUCUUAUGUUCUUGCCGAAUGGUUGGGAAAAAACGAAGGAAAAUUAAACUCGCAUUUUCUCUUCAUAAAUAUAACCUGAUUAUUUUUCUUCUCCAAAGAACUGAAUGAGUAUAGCGAGUGAUGAUUUUCUUGUUUCCUUCUAGCUCAGUCUGGUGAAGCUAGGUGCACUCGAGUGGAGCGAAGUCGUCCGCGAACAUCAAGGAUGGAGGCUUGUUACAUGUCCUUGGCUGCAUGCCGGACUGAUUCAUCUCAUCACGAACAUGCUGAGCCUGCUUUUCAUCGGGAUUCGCCUCGAGCAGCAAUUCGGAUUCGGUGAGGCAUCAUCCAAGUAGCCUACUCUUAUUAGAUCAAUAAGCCAGCAUGGUUGUCAUCUCUGUUAGUCAAAGUCAACUCCAGUGAUCCCUUCUCUUGUUCAUAAUACCAAUGAAGGAAUCCUCAUCCGACAAUCUUUGCAUCUAACUUCUUCCUCGUCAUUUUGCAGUUCGCGUUGGGGUAAUCUAUCUUUUAUCAGGACUUGGUGGCAGUGUACUCUCAUCCCUGUUCAUCAGGGGAAGUAUCUCUGUUGGCGCAUCGGGGGCGCUCUUUGGGCUCCUCGGAGCCAUGCUAGCCGAGCUUCUCACGAACUGGACCAUUUACACCAAUAAGGCGUGGGUCCACUCCUGUUUCGUGCUCUAUCUCAUAUAAUAUUUCAAGCAGGAGGGAGGGAAGGGGGUCUUACUGGCGUAGUGCCUGUGUUUGGUGCAGGUUGCGGCACUGUUCUCCCUGUCAGUCAUCAUUCUCAUCAACCUGGCCAUUGGGAUUCUACCUCGCGUUGACAAUUUUGCUCACAUUGGAGGCUUCCUGAGUGGGUUUCUUCUAGGCUUUGUCUUCUUGCUCCGGCCACAGUUUGGUUGGAUUGAGAGGCAGAAUUCUGCCCCCAGAAGUCAAAACACGAUUCGUCCGAAGUCAAAGCACAACCUUUAUCAGCGCAUGCUGCUGCUAUCUGCUUUUAUCUUGCUGGUAUCUGGGUAAGCAUUUGCUUAUUUAUUUUUCUUGAUUUUCGCCGGUUUUCAUCGAUUUACCUCGAUUUAGAGAGAUUAUCUGGGUCUUGACACAUGGGGAAUAGAUUCAUAGGAUACUGUAUUGGGUAUAUAUAGAAACACUGAAUAAUUUGUCAACAUUAUCAUAUACCUUUUGCAUCAUUUUGCCCAUAUCUCUGAUUUUCGAGGAGUCAGUGUACAACAUUAAUUCAAUAAUCUCUCUCUCUCUCUCGCUCUCUCUCAGAUUUGCAGCUGGGUUGGCGAUGCUUUUCUCGGGAGUGAACGCGAACAAGCAUUGCAGCUGGUGCCGAUACCUCAACUGCGUGCCAACAUCCAAGUGGCAGUGCGACUACUGA